AUGGCUAUCCACAAAGAAAGGACGACGACGACUGCAAUGACAUCCGAAUUCUCCAUGUCUACCAAACGAGUACUCCUGCUGGGAGUCGCAGUUCUGGUGGUCGGUUCUCAGGCGCAUCUGCUGGUGUCUGUAGAAACAAGUCAAAUCGGUUCGCGGAACCAAGUGUCGUCGGGUUACUCAGGAAACAGCGAUGGCACCUCAUCGUCCUUGCAAGCGAACGCGAACGACGAAAAGGGACACUGGUCAACGAUGGCGUCGAUGGAUCGACCUCCAAUGGUCAUGAUUCCUGUCAUCAACGGGGUCGCCAAACCCGUUCAAGCACCACAAGGAACCGAGUUGAGUCAAGAGGGAGAUGAGCUGGGACAGCCACGGACGGAGAUGCGGUUCGAAAUGGAUCAUCAGGUGCCGCCGGUCGAGGUGCUGGAGGCGAUGUACCCGAACGAGGGGAGGAGCAAUUUUGCAGACCGGGGGAGCCUUGGGGGGGAUGGGGAGGAUGGUGUCGAUGGUGGUCCUCAGCAACUUGGACAGCAGCAGCAACAGCACGAGCGUCAGGGCCAAGGACUGGAAGAGGGCGCGGAUCGGAAGCGCGAGGGGCAUUCUGGGGAGCAUGAGAAUCAAGAGACGUCGAAUACGUUAUAUCAGCAUGGACUCGAGUUGCUGAAGGCUGUGUGGGCAUCAGCAUCUAAUGCUAUUGGGAUCAAUCCUGCAGAGGAAUCAUCUCCGCUGUUGAGAGAUCAAGAGACUGGGCCGGAAGGUGUGGUGGAGGACGAUGCGGAGCCCAAGGAUGCAGAGAUCCAGGAUGGGAGCAAGAGGGAGGAAGCUAAGGAGGGCGGUGAAGCGGGAUUGGUGCAGGACGUAGAGCUCGACAGCGGCAUGGACGCGCCCUCUGGUCAGGGAGAGGCCUUUCCAGAGGAAACAGCCGCGCUGCUUGUGGACCAGUACCGAACGGAUGCACAGGCCGGGUUGGAGGCAUACAAGGAAGAGCAAACUCAACUACCGCAACCUGAUGAUCAGCCAAGGACCAAGGCCCCACAGGGAGGAGGGGAUGUCAAGGUGAUUUCAAUGAUCGACAGCGAAGAAGCGGCCAAGAAGGUGAUCGAGAAACAGACUGGCGAGAUGCUUGUCGUCAACAAACUGAACAAGAACUAUGAGAACCUCGACGUGGACGCACAAGGAUUCUUCAGUGUCUCGGACGCAUCUGUCCUCACUGCUGGAGUAGCAGAAGGGUCCGCGAGGUCUUCGGGUAGUCGAGGAGAUCGAACACGAAACCGUGUCCUGGGACAUCAUCAUCAUCACCAUGUCAGCCCUAACCCGGCAACCAGACAGCAGCAGCAGCAGCAAGAGAACCACCAGAAUACAUUCAUUCUGGAUAACAGUCGUAUCGAGAACCCCUCGCUCAAAGACAUGUUGGUCGUCGUGGAUGAAACCAAAACCCCAGGGGUGUUCGCUGCUUUCGAUGCCCACCAUGGAAUUAAACUGGCUCGCUCGACUCCCGAUAUAUCUUCGCCUCCAUCGGAUCAAAGGGUCCUCGCAUUCGAUCCAGAGGAUGAAGCCCAGGACGUGAGCAUCCCCGAAGACGGCAAGGAAUAUGACGAGGAAGACGAUCAAGACAUUGAAGAGGAAGACGAAGAAGACGAAGAAGACGAAGAAGACGACACAGAGCCGUCUCCGGAACCAACCCCAGCGUCAUCUCCCGAAUCAGCCCUAGCGCCGUCUCCAGAAGCAACCCCAGCAUCUCUCAAUCUCGCGGAAGCAUCUGCAGUCCCUGGAUUCCCCAAGGUGCCUGACUCCUUCCGCAAGCGCGGACUGAUCCCUCAAGUCCUCGGUGCACACCACUGCACCCCACAAUUCUGUGUGAACGUCUCUCUGUCGUCCGAUGGCCACUUUGCCACCUUCCAUCUCGAACGAUCUCUAGCGGCCACGGGCUGGAUCUCGCUCGGGAUCGGCUACGCGAUGACCAUGGCCGAUCUCCUGAUCUUCUGGCCGAACCUCACUCCCGAGCACGGCGGUGGGCCCCGUGGGGCGGUGCUCUCCCGUCGGAUGAGCCAUGCCUACGUCGAGCCUCAGCUCGUGGGCCGUCACCAUAACGGGGACAAGUCCGGGGAGGCGAACCUGUACCCGGAGGGCGAGUACGUGCUCCACAAUCCCAAUUCAGAUACUGAUGCUGCUACUACCGCCACUGCUGCCAUGGCUGUCUUCCCAGACCAAGACCGUUUCGUCGUCCAGUUCACACGUCCUGUGCGGACCAGGAAUCUGGACUACAAGCUCACACCGGGCGAGGAGCAGGAUUUCUGUUGGGCUUACUCACCUAGUCCCAUCUCCCCAGAUUCGGUCGCGGACCCGGGUGCCCAUAUCGGUCAACAUAUGAGUGUCGGAUCCUUUGCGAUGGACGUGGGAGCCAACCAACCGGGGCUGGAGGAGAUCCUGUUGAGACGGAGGGCCGAGGAUGAGGAAUUCGAGGCUGCGGAAAAGGAGCGUAAGAAGAAGAAGAAGAAGGCACCUCAGGGCAGUAACCAGAGAUUGGAGGAUGAGGAGGGUAAGGAGGGGACUGAGAAGAACGCGAAGGAGGCUGAGAGUAACGAGAACAAGAAGAAGAAACACAAGCCGGCCCAUUCGCAUGCGGCAAAGACCUUGGAGGCGAGGCCAUGGUUCCUGUCCGAGUUGAGCAUGCAGGGUCUCUCGUAUCUGGCUGGUGUGGCACUCGUUCUCAUCUUGCGGUAG